UGUUACUAAAGAGGAUUUUAUUUUAUUUUUAGUGAGUUAAUGGAUGGCUGAAAGCUGGCUUGACCAUUGAGUUGCUGAAAUGUUUUGCUGCUUGAGAGCUGUGAGAAGGUUAUGUCUGGAGAAGAUACUGCUACAAUGCAUUCUUCAGUCAAGAACUUUGUCAGGAGCUGAUGCCAUCAAUGCUCUCAGACCUUUCUAUUUUGCUGUGCAUCCAGAUUUCUUUGGCCAGCAUCCCAAGGAGAGGGAAGUAAAUGAAAACUCUCUGAAGAGGUUAAAUGGCUACCUGGAGAACCUGCAGAAACCAGGAUUUCGCUCCUUUAAACCUACUCAGCUUACUUUUUAUGUAAGAGAGAGAGAGCCAAACUCUUCUAAUGUUCAAGAAUCCUUCAGUGCUUCAGGUUUUCGAGCAGUCAGUUUUACGUUGCAUACUAGGGAUCUCCUGAGUACAGUAUUAGACAUUCUCAACUCCUGCAGCUUAUCCACGGAGCAUAUUCAGAGUUUGAAUGUGAACUCUCAGCCCCACAAGGAAGCAAAGAGCACAGUGAACAGACCUAUCAAGUGGGAUAAGACUUAUUACUCAUUUACUGGAUUCAAGGAUCCAGAGGAGGAACUAGAACAAGCCCAGAGAGUGGAAACAACGUUAAUAUCCUGGCUAGAUGAUAAUGAAGCAAGUGCGGUUAAAAAGCUGAAAAAGAGUUUGCCACUUAGAAAAGAACUAGAACGUUUAAAGUUUGAACUCUCUCAUCAACUCCAGCUUUCAGAUAUCAGGUGGCAGAGAAGCUGGGGUAUUGCUCACCGCUGUAGCCAGCUACACAGUCUAGGUCGCUUAGUCCAACAGAGACCUGAAGUAUUAAAGAAUGUUAAAGGGCGCACAGUGGUGUUUACAGACCGUUCAGGUAUGAGUGCAGCAGGCCACAUAAUGCUGGGGACCAUGGAUGUUCACCAUCACUGGACCAAAAUUUUUGAGAGAUUGCCAAAUUAUUAUAAACUUCAAAAAAGACUGCUGCUCCUGGAAGAUCGGAUAAGCCAACUUCUGGGAGGCAUACAAGUAAUAUAUAUUGAAGAACUGCAACCCCUAUUGACUCUAGAAGAGUACUACGAGACUCUGGACUCUUUCUAUAAUAAAUUACGUGACAGUAGGCUACCUUUUCAUCCUCGCAGUCUGCGAGGCUUGCAAAUGAUUUUGGAAAGUGACAGAUAUGCACCAAGCUUACAUGAAUUUGGACACUUUACAAUCCCAACGGUUUGUGAUCCAGCAACCCUUCAAUGGUUUAUUUUUGCCAAAGCACAGGAGGCAAGAGAGAAUCUGAAAAGAAAGGAGGAGUAA